GGAGGCGUUGAACUCCUCAAACUUGAGAUUCGGGAAGCCCGGGUCGCCGUCACCCGCUCCGCCGCGACAGUACGACUUCAGGAUCGAGCGAGUCGAGUCCAAGCGACGAAGUCAGAGGAAUCUGUUGACGCUUGAGAGGCAGAUGAGUCCUCUGCUGCAUCAUUAGCACCGGCUGGCUACUCUGGGGACCACUUCCUCCAUCCCUCCCUCCCUCCUUUUUUUUCUUUCUUUUUUACGCAUGCACCAUCUGCUCACGUGACUCCUGUGUUGCUGUACCCAGCGCUACCGUGUCGGCCAUCUUUGGUCGACACCCACCCCUAGUGCAUUCACUGCGCCGCACGGGCAGUCAAAUCAGAGUGAGCCGGCCGGAGGAGGGCUGUGAUUUCCUCUUUUUUAUUUUGGUCUCUCCUGCAUUUUUUAAAUCCCUCAGUCUGUGCAGAAAAAGAGGGAUUAUAAGAGGCUGAAGAAGAAGAAGAAGAAGAAGAAGAAGAAGAAGAAGACGAAGACGAAGACGAAGAGGAGGAGGGGGGAAGUGUCGAGGAGGAGAGGGCAGGGCAGCGUAUUUCACUCCGUUAGUAGCGAAGAGGGGAGGAGGAUGCAGCCAUAGAGGAAGAGGAGAAGCAGCACCCUUUCUAACACCUGCUGUGGGCCUUUCCCUCGUCUUUGGGCCUUUUCAUCCUCCUUUUGUUUUGAUUCUCUUUUCACUCCCCUUCUCUCUUCUGGUGGGGGCCUCCACUGGGCUUGCGGAACAAAAAGCUACUUCCUUUAUUCCUCUCCCUCCCUCCCCCCCCUCUUCCCUCAUCUCCCCUCUCCCCUCGGCGGUGUUUUUUUUUUUUUUUGCAUCAGCUGAGUCAUCAUGUCUGACCUGACGCCUCAGAGCGAAACCCCCACCCCCACCAGCGACAAGAUCACCCAGGCCGCCCGGGAGACCAUCUAUCUCUGCAACUUCCGCGUGUCCGUCGACGGCGAGUGGCUCUGCCUCCGCGAGCUCAACGACAUCUCGCUGACGCCGGACCCCGAGCCCACCCAUGAAGAUCCCAAGGAUCCCAUCGCCAUCGAGAGGCUUAACUUGAUGAACAUGGCCAAGCUGAGCAUCAAGGGCCUGAUCGAGUCGGCGCUCAACCUCGGCCGCACGCUCGACUCCGACUACGCGCCCCUCCAGCAGUUCUUCGUCGUGAUGGAGCACUGUCUGAAGCACGGGUUGAAAACCAAGAAGACCUUCCUGGGGCAGAACAAGUCCUUCUGGGGGGCGCUGGAGCUGGUGGAGAAGUUGACGCCUGAAGCUGGAGAAAUCACCGCCAGCGUAAAAGACCUGCCCGGCCUCAGGACUCCUCUGGGACGAGGGCGGGCCUGGUUGCGACUGGCUUUGAUGCAGAAGAAACUGUCUGACUACAUGAAGACCAUCAUCAACAGAAAGGACCUGCUCAGUGAAUUCUACGAGCCGAACGCGUUGAUGAUGGAGGAGGAGGGAGCCGUCAUCGCCGGGCUGCUCGUCGGACUGAACGUCAUCGACGCCAAUCUGUGUAUGAAGGGAGAGGACUUGGACUCUCAGGUCGGCGUGAUCGAUUUCUCAAUGUACCUCAAAGAUGGCGGACACAGUAGUAAGAGUGCAGAGGGUGACGGUCAGAUCACAGCGAUUCUCGACCAGAAGAAUUACGUGGAGGAGCUGAACCGACAUUUGAGCGCAUCGGUAAAUAACCUCCAGGCGAAGGUGGACGCUCUGGAAAAGUCCAACACAAAGCUCACGGAAGAGCUCGCCGUGGCAAAUAACCGGAUCAUCACUUUGCAAGAAGACGUGGAGCGAGUGAAGGAGGAGAGCUCGUAUCAGCUGGAGUCCAGGAAGGCAUCAAGAAGCGACUCGGCUCCAGACGGACAAGCGCUGGGCGAAACACGCAAGCAGCUCAAAGAGGAAACGUUGCUUCGAUUGGAUGUGGAGAAGGAGCUGGAGGUGCAGAUCGGCAUGAAGCAGGAGAUGGAGCUGUCCAUGAAGAUGCUGGAGAAGGACGUCUGUGAGAAGCAGGACGCUCUGGUGGAGCUCAGGGAGCAGCUGGAGGACCUCCGCGUCAUCAACCAACAGCUCAGCCACAAGUCACAGAGCGUCGACGCCGGCUCCAAACACAAGAGCGAAGCCAUCGCUCGCCUGGAGGAGAAAAUCAACCAGAUGACCGGGACGGUGAAGCAGAUGGAGACCAGAUGCAAACAGGCUGAGAGAGAGAGGGGUCUGGCUUUGGAGGCCAACCGGCUCUUCAAGCAGGAGUUUGGGGACAAAAUCGAGAGUCUGCAGGCGGAGGUGGAGCAGCUGAGGAAGCACAGGUCUAAUCUGGAACUGGAACUGAGAAAAGAGCGAGAGCGAAGAAGUGAGCAUCAUCUCGACGCCGGACAGAGCAGCGCUGCUCCGAGGGAGAGGAGACCCCCGGAAAACAUCCCAAAGCGUGUCCCAGAAUUCCCAUCGGUCAGAAGGGAGAGCGACCAGUUCCACUCGGGAGCCGAGGACAAAACCAGUCUGAGCUCCAGCCUGUCAUCGAGGUCGCACCACGAGGACGAACAGGACGAGUCCUUCGUGGAGAUCGGCGAGCCUUCCGUCUGUACGAUGUGCGAGCACGACGACUCCCUCGUGAAGGCGAAGAAACAGUGCAAGAACUGCGGCGGCGUCUUCUGCGAGAGCUGCGUGUCCAACGAGCUGCCGCUGCCUUCCUCCAUCCUCCCGGAGACCGUGUGCACCGCCUGCUUCUCUCUGCUGCUGCAGCAGUACGCGUCGACGCCCACAUGAGGCGGCGUGCGACGCCCACAUGAGGCAGCGUCGACGCCCACAUGAGGCGGCGUGCGACGCCCACAUGAGGCGGCGUGCGACGCCCACAUGAGGCGGCGUGCGACGCCCACGUUCGGUUUGCAGGACCGGCACUGCGAAUAUGCACUUUUUGACUUUGUGAGUCCCGCGAGUUCUGGACCCGGAGAUUUCUCGCGGUUCCUUCUGGGUUCGUGACGUCUGAACAUUUUGCCGUCUGGAUGCAGGUUUUCAUUUAGUUUUCAAACGCUGGCGUCGAAUUAAUUCUUUUUUUUCUGGCUGAAAAUGUGUGUUUAGCUGCUUUUUAGUGAAAACCUGCAUUUAAAAAAAAAAAAAAAAUGGCAUAAAAAAACCCCAACUUGAAUCAUCUCAUGCGUAAAGAAAAAAGUAAAUUUCCACAAUGUCCACUAAGUGGAUUAUUGAUUUAAAAAGGGUCAACUGAUAUAUAUAUUUUUUUUAAAUAAUUCAGUUUAAAAAAGAGGAAAAACUGGACAACCGUUUCAUUAUAACACAGCUAUUAAUCAUGAAUAGACCAGUAUAUGAAGCAUUAUUUCACUCAGGUGAAAAGCAUGAAUUUACACACUUUCUCCUCGGAUUUCCAGCUGACGCUGACAAAAAAAAACUCACGUUUGACCAAAUAUUAUAUUGUACUAUGAUAUUAAACAUGCGUUU